AUGGGAAACCCUGUCUGGACCAAUGGCGGGGCCAAGUACGCAAUUAUCUGGACAAACGCAACUAUUUACGACCAUACGUGCAAGAUGUUGGGCUAUGUGGAAAAGCCACUGCAGGACGUCGCGAUCGAUUCACAACUGCCAUGGACCGUUGUGCUGACCCUGCUCAGGCCAAAUUCGCAGUAUAUCGAAUUUUGCUACGCGAGUACGUGUUAUGAGGGAAACUUCUGGUGCUCGACCCAAGAUGAGUAUGGUACGACGACAUUCGAGUGUCUUCACGCAUUUACGUGUGCAAGUAUGGACAGACUGGCAUCCGGUUAA